GUCAACAUUACGAUAACCAACAUAAAAUCUUGAAUUUCCUCUUGUGUGUAUAUUGUUCAACAUUUUCGCAUAACCAGGGCUUUCGAAACCCCACUAAGCGACUUUCUGGCAACGAACCAGACGAACAUGUUAUUUUUCGAACACCGAGAGAACCCUGGACUGUGAAACAUCUUAGAGCUUACAUCAACCAUGGAGCUCAAGAAGGAGUAUGAGCUUGUCAUCGUAGGUGCAGGAGUGCAUGGCCUGUCCAUGGCAAUAACAUAUCUUCAAGUAAACCCUCAUCACAACGUUCUCAUUGUCGAGAAAGCCAUGUCAAUCGGCGGUACAUGGGCUAAAGAGAGGGUCUAUUCUGGACUGAAGACAAACAAUGCCUUCGGAUCAUACGAAUUCAGCGACUUGCCUAUGCCAGCAGCAGAGUAUGGAGAGGCAGAAGGAAGCCACAUACCCGGUCUUGCUGUGCAUGAAUAUCUCUCGAAGGUCAGUGUAGCUCACAAGAUCGAUAAGUGCAUUUGCUAUGGAACGAGUGUGGAGUCGGCCACCCAACGGGAUGACGGAAAAUGGUCUAUUCAACUCCUGGAUGGAACGACUGGCAACUCUCCGAAAAUUACGGCGCAUCGCCUCGUCAUUGCCACUGGCAUCACAUCGGAACCUAACAUACCCUCAAUACCGGGCGCAGACUCGUUCAAGGGAUUGGCGAUACACGCAAAGCAAAUGGCCAAAGAGAGAAAGAGAUUGGAUGCUUGCAAAGACGUAGUUGUGAUAGGCGGCAACAAGUCAUCAUGGGACAUUUGUUAUCUCACUGCAACAGCUGGAGCACAGGCGCACAUGGUGAUUCGACCAUCUGGUGGCGGCCCCAGCUAUCUAUGGCCCAGUGUUUGUCGAUUGGGGCCGCUCGAGUUCUCAUUUGGCCCGUUAUCUGGCACGCGAAUCUUCACGCUUUUCGAUCCUACGCCAUACCACGGAGAAGGCCUGGUACAGAGAUUCCUACAUCGCACUACUAUUGGCAUUUCCAUCUGUCUGUUGUUCUGGAAUGUGCUUGACAAGCUUGUUCGAUAUCUAAAUGGAUAUUCCAAUCACCCUGAAACCAAAAAGCUGGAGCCUUGGACGACACCCUUCUGGGUCGGCAACUCGGUCAGCAUCAACAAUUAUGACGAGGACUACUUCCGGUUGGUACGCGAAGGCAAGAUCAAGGUUCAUAUCGCCGACGCUGUUUCCAUGUCGGAGGAUCAGAUCAGACUAUCAGAUGGCAGUUCCUUAAAAGCAGACGCCUUGGUGUACUGUACUGGGUGGAAGCCAAAGCCGUCUAUCAAGAUCGACGUUUUGGGAACCACUCCCAUUCUGAGCAAGCCUAAGACAUAUGAUGCGGCCGAAGCAGCGAGAUUGGAGGAGGAGGUUUAUCGAAGUGUCCCAUACCUUCGGACAAUAGCAAGAAGAACAGCCAAUGCGCCAAAGCUCCCUGAAUCGCGGACGGUGCCUUCCAACGAAUCACUCGAGCUUUACCGUCAUGUCGUACCGUCAGAGCCGCACUUCAUCAAGCAAAAGAAUCUUGCGUUCAUUGGUGCGCAUUCUUCACCCCAUGCAAUAGCUGUCGCGCAAGCCCAGGCACUAUGGAUCACAGCAUUCUUCGGUGGACGAAUUAAUCACCUUAAAGGGAACGAGCUUGACUUGAACAGAAUUAAACACAACACCGCUCUUCAUCGCACUUAUGGAGAGAUUCGGAGGCCGACCAUAACAGGAGGAUUUGGAGACAGGUAUCCAGACAUUGUCUUUGACAGCCUUCCAUACAUUGAUACCUUACUGGAAGACGUUGGCGUUAAGAGUAAGAGGAAGAGCAGUUGGUGGAAGGACCUGACGGAGCCGUACGGACCGGCGGAAUAUGAUGGAAUAACAGAGGAAUGGCUCAAGCAAUUCCCGACGAUUACUGAAAAGGCCUGAAACAAUUUGAAGGAGAAAGGCGCUUCAUUGGGACAUGAAUCGAUUCGGUCUGAUUGUUUUUGUAUAUAUAUCCACCUGUGAGGGGCUCGGCUAGGGAUACCCUUGCUGAAUACUUCACUACUGUCUUACAUGCUAACUCAAGUACGUUAAGAUCAUCACCGCCUAGCCAUGCUAACGUACUUACUAAGCGGG